AUGCCGGCCCCAAGUUCCAAAAGCUCGGGCAAGCCCCGGCAGAAGAAUAAUACGAGAACAAAAGAAAAGCGAGAAGAAAAGAGGCUCAAGGGCCUAGCAGACCUCGAAACACUAGAGAAGGCUGUCGUAGAAUUUGACCCAAAAACUUCCGAAUCCACCAAAUUCGCCAACUUACCCCUUUCCGAACCCACUGCCUCCGGCCUCGAUGCCUCCCACUUCCAGACCCUCACCGAGAUCCAAGCCCGCGCCAUCCCCCUCGCCCUCAAGGGCCUCGACAUCCUCGGAGCCGCCAAGACCGGCAGCGGCAAGACCCUCGCCUUCCUCGUGCCCGUCCUCGAAAAGCUCCACAGAGCCCGAUGGACCGAAUACGACGGGCUCGGCGCCCUCAUCCUCUCGCCGACUCGUGAGCUCGCCGUGCAGAUCUUCGAGGUGCUGCGGAAGAUUGGGCGGAACCAUCCCUUCUCGGCCGGGCUGGUCAUCGGAGGCAAGAGCUUGAAGGAGGAGGCGGUGAGGUUGGCAAGGAUGAACAUCUUGGUGUGUACGCCGGGGCGUAUGCUUCAGCACCUGGACCAGACGGCCGGUUUCGACGCGAGUAACCUACAGAUUCUCGUUCUCGACGAGGCCGACCGGAUCAUGGACAUGGGGUUCCAGCAGGCCGUUGAUGCCCUGGUAGAGCACCUGCCCAAGUCUCGGCAGACUCUGAUGUUCAGCGCGACGCAGAGUAAAAAGGUGUCGGAUCUGGCGCGACUGAGCCUCAAGGACCCCGAAUACGUCUCCGUCCACGAAAAGGCAUCGACGGCGACGCCUGCUUCCCUCACGCAACACUACAUCAUCACCCCGCUGCCCGAAAAGAUCAAUACGCUCUACGGCUUCCUAAAAUCUAACCUCAAGUCUAAGAUGAUUGUCUUCCUCUCGUCGGGCAAGCAGGUCCGAUUCGUCUACGAAAGUUUCAGGGCGUUACGGCCCGGUAUUCCCUUGCUACACCUACACGGCAGGCAGAAACAGACUGCGCGACUUGAAAUCACCUCGAGGUUCGCGGCUGCGCAAUAUAGCUGCCUAUUCGCAACCGACGUCGUCGCCCGCGGAGUGGAUUUUCCUGCCGUGGACUGGGUCGUUCAGUUCGACUGCCCCGAAGACGCCGACACCUACAUCCACCGCGUAGGGCGGACGGCGCGCUUCCAAAGUAACGGCCGGGCUGUCCUCUUCCUUGACCCCAGCGAAGAGGACGGCAUGCUCAAGCGGUUAGAGCACAAAAAGGUGCCGAUACAAAAAGUCAAUGUCAAGGAGUCGAAGCGGAAGAGUAUCAAGAACGAGCUGCAGCAAUUGUGUUUCCAAAAUCCGGAUGUCAAGUACCUCGCGCAAAAAUCGUUCAUCAGCUAUACCCGAUCGGUGCACUUACAAAAGGACAAGGAGGUGUUCAAGUUUAACGAGUUGGACCUUGAUGGGUUCGCCGCGAGCAUGGGCCUUCCUGGUGCGCCUCAGAUCAAGUUCCAAAAGGGAGAGGACAUUAAGAAGAUUAAGAAUGCUAGCCGGAUGAAUAUGUCUAGCGAUUCGGAAUCAGAGUUUGAUGAGGAAGGAAACCGGAAGCGGAAGCGGAAGAAGGGAGAGGUCCGGACGAAGUACGAUAAGAUGUUUGAACGUACGAAUCAGGACGUUCUUUCAAGUCACUACACCAAGCUUGUCGGGGAUGGAGAAGCUGUGGAGAACGGCGACGACGGUGAUGAGGACAACUUUUUGUCGGUGAAGAGGGUGCUGAAUGAUGAGGAUCUCGAUGAGGUAUCCAAAGAUUUCGGAUCAAUGCCCAAGGUUCUUGACUUUGGCGGCAAGGAACAGCUCAUCAUAGACUCGAAACGAAGAGAGAAGCUAUUACAAUCGAAGAAGAAGCUGCUCAAGUACCGACCAGUGGGAGAGAGGCUCGUCUUCGAUGACGACGGCAACCCUCGUGCGAUUUACGAGUUGAAGAACGAAGAGGAUUUCAAGCAGGAGGGCCCCGUCGAGGAGCAGAGGAGGAAGUUUAUCGAAGACGAGGUCGUACGGGUACAGGAAGCUGACCUGCAGGAUAAGAUGCUAGCGAAGCAGAGGAUACGCGAGAAGAGGGAGAAGAGGAAGGCGAGGGAAAAGGAGGAGAGGGAACUGGAGAAGGCUGAGCGCGCGGAAGGGGGAGGUGGUGGUAUGGUGGUGGAGUUGGGCGGCGGCGAUGACGAGGACGGGGCGGAUCCGCUUGCCUUGCUUCGGGAUCUCCCCAUUGCGGGGGGACAGGAGUACAGCAGCGAAGAUGAGGAAGAGGAUAGGCGUCCGAAGAAGAAGGCUAAGAAGUGGUUCCAGGAUGACGAGUCCAGCGCGGAUGAGGGCGAUGCGAAGAAGCGCAAGAAGAAGUCGAAGAAGGGAGGCAAGGUCAUUGAGAUUGACCGUGAGCCGGAGACUCUGGAGGAUCUUGAGGCUCUGGCUACUGGGCUGCUGGAUUAA